GGAAGCUUGGACGCAACAAGGCCAUCUGGCUCCUCAGACAGGUGGGUGGGGAAAGCCAGAUCUGCCAUGGAGAAGAUUUCAGUGUCAACAUUCUUACUCCUUGUGGCCCUCUCCUACACUCUGGCCAAAGACACCACCGUCAAACCUGGAGCUAAGAAGGACUCAAAGCUUUCUCCACCCAAGCUGCCCCAGACCCUCUCCAGAGGUUGGGGUGAUCAACUCAUCUGGACUCAGACAUAUGAAGAAGCUUUAUACAAAUCGAAGUCAAGCAACAAACCUUUGAUGAUUAUUCAUCACUUGGAUGAAUGCCCACACAGUCAAGCUCUAAAGAAAGCAUUUGCUGAAAACAAAGAAAUCCAGAAACUGGCAGAGCAGUUUGUCCUCAUCAAUCUCGUUUAUGAAACGACAGACAAGCACCUCUCUCCUGACGGCCAAUAUGUCCCCAGGAUUAUGUUUGUUGACCCAUCCCUGACGGUCAGAGCCGACAUCACCGGAAGAUACUCGAAUCGUCUCUAUGCUUAUGAACCUUCAGACACAGCUCUGCUUCUCGACAACAUGAAGAAAGCGCUCAAGUUGCUGAAGACUGAAUUGUAGAGAAAAAACAAAAUUUGCAAGCUCUUCCCUCUAAUUGGGCCAUGAUACCUGGAACCAGAGGGAUUUCAGAAGACUGGAGAAGGCAGGAGCACGGGUGGACAUGCUCAUUAGAUCACAGUUUAAUGUUACAACAGCUAUUUUUUUGUUGUUUUCAAGUAUACAUGUAUGAAAACAAUAUUGUAAACUACCAUAGUAAGCCAUACUUUUUAAAAAAAUAAAAUAAAUCCUUUGGGGGCGUUAAAUUGCUAUU